GCAACCCCUUUCGGAAGGGGCGUGUGGCUGAUCGAGUCAGCGCUGCCGGAGCCUCUCAGCCCGCAUUUCCAUCAGCAGCAGUAGCAGCACAGAGCGGUGACGCGCCGAGCAUACAGAGGGGAUAAACUUACACAUACAAACACAUUGACGAGGACUAGUGGGCUGCUAUCUCGUGGCUGUUUCUUUUUUGACGAGGACUUCUAGUUGGUGACUAUCUCUAGCCUAUCGUUUAUUUAUUUUUUUCCCCGGUCAACCUUUGGAAGUGACUGUUCUUCUCCUCCCGAUCCAUGCUCAAAGUGUUGAUAAGCGGGGAUAUCGGCGGAUAUCACGUUGAUUAAAAGAACGAGGGAGAGAGAGAGAGAGCGAGAGUGAGGACUGGAGAGACAGCGCAGCGGAGCUGUAACGCGGAGAGAGGAGCGAGUUUUUCGGUGGCAUCGGCAGUGCGCCUUUUGUUGGGACUCGGGACCGUAUGGUGCAGUUUUUAGCACCGAGGUGAAGACGGUUCAAACACCGAGAAGGACAUACCUGUGUGCUGCUAUUAGUCGCUCCGGAGGACCGCUUGUGGUUGUACCCAAAGAACACGGAUAUAGGAACGCGCUCCCUCCACGCAGGGGAGAGAGAGAGAGGGAGAGAGAGAGAGGGCUGAGGGUUGCCGAGUACAACCCGAGAGGUCUGGGAGUCCUCAACACGCAGGUGAUCGCAGUUUCUUGACCCGUGCGCAUCGAUCCACGGAUUAACUCGUCUUGGAUCAUCGGCCGCCUUUCUGGAGUAGGCGACGGACGGAUUGGGGUUGUUUGGUUUCUUUAUAUUCUAGAGUUGGGGUCGUCUUCUCCAGGGAGGAUAUGGCAACACUAAAAGCAUCGGCCAGAGACACGGGGGUUGGCAGCGAGGGGAAGCAGUAGCUGAUGACAGGAUGCGAGCAGCGACCUGAGAGUCACUCACAGCAGUUCCCACCCUGGUUCAAGACACUUCUGUUUUCUUUUGCGUGCGGUGAUUUCCGCCUCAUGACGCUGACUAUACCGAGACUGAAGAACACUGCCCGACACCUCUGAGGAGUUUCAUUCACGUUUUUCUUUUUGUUGCAGUUGCAUGUUUUUUCCAGUAUUUUUUAUAUCUUUUUUUGUGACUCAACAAGGAUGUAUUGUGGAUUAGACUUUAUCCUUCUAUUGGGAUUCGUCUUGGCUGUCAGGGCUUUCAAAAACGAUAAAUGUGGAGACAACAUCAGAAUCACAAAGGCAAACUACCUCACCUCGCCUGGCUACCCGGCGUCAUACUCUCCCUCACAUAAAUGUGUGUGGGUGAUAACGGCGCCUGGGCCUCACCAGCGGAUCCUAAUCAACUUCAAUCCACAUUUUGAUCUGGAGGACCGGGAGUGCAAUGGGACCGUUGAGAGUCCCCCAAUAUGUAGUCUGGCCUAUGGCUCUGGUCUCUAUGCCAACCUCAAUCACGUGGACCUGGGGUUCCUGAGGUUUGUGUCGGCCAUCGGCACGCAGGGCGCCAUCUCCCAGGAGACCAAGAAGACGUAUUACGUCAAGUCCUACAAGGUGGACGUCAGCUCCAACGGAGAGGACUGGAUCACGCUGAAGGAGGGCUCCAAGCAGAAGGUUUUCCAAGGCAACACCAACCCGAAGGAGGUUGCCAGGGCGAUGCUGCCAAAGCCCACGCUGACUCGCUACCUGCGCAUACGCCCUGUUGCCUGGGAGACGGGAAUCGCACUGCGCUUCGAGGUGUACGGCUGUAAGAUAUCAGAGUACCCGUGUUCGGGCAUGCUUGGCAUGGUGUCCGGCCUGAUCAACGACGCCCAGAUCACGGCCUCGUCGCAUACAGACCGCAGCUGGUCUCCGGAGAACUCGCGGCUGCUGACCAGCCGGUCGGGCUGGACGCUGCUGCCCCAGCCCCAGCCCUUCGCCAACGAGUGGCUGCAGGUGGACCUGGGCCAGGAGAAGCUGCUGCGAGGCCUGGUCAUCCAGGGGGGGAAGCACCGCGACAACAAGGUGUUCAUGAAGAAGUUCCGCCUAGGCCACAGCAACAACGGCUCCCACUUCAGCAUGCUGAUGGACGACAGCGGCAGCAGGCCCAAGAUCUUCGAGGGGAACAUGAACUACGACACCCCAGAGCUGCGGACCCUGGAGCCCCUGCUGACGCGCUACAUACGGGUGUACCCGGAGAGGGCCGCCCCCGCUGGCAUGGGCCUCCGCCUCGAGAUCCUGGGCUGUGAGAUCGAAGCUCCCACCAUCCCCCCCACCACGCAGCCCCCCAGCGCCCCGCCGGCGGACGAGUGUGAAGACGGCCGGGCCAGCUGCCACAGCAGCACAGGUGAUGACUACGACCCCACAGAUGGCACCACGACCCCGGAGACCACCACUGCCGAGCUGGACACCGUUCCAGCCUUCCUGUGGUUCGCCUGUGACUUCGGCUGGGCCAGCGACCCCUCCUUCUGCAGCUGGACGUCCGAGGACACAGGAUCCAGGUGGCAGAUCCAGUCCAGCGGAACCCCCACCCUCAACACCGGCCCAAACAUGGACCACACAGGGGGCUCUGGUAACUUCAUCUACACGCUGGCCACCGGCCACCAGGAGACGGAGGUGGCGCGUCUGGUCAGCCCCAUGGUGAGCUCCCCCGACGCCGACCUCUGCGUCUCCUUCUGGUACCACAUGGUCGGCCCGCGCAUCGGCAUGCUGCACCUGAAGCAGCGCAAGCAGACCCCCGAAGGGCCCGCCGACGUCGUGCUGUGGACCGUCAGUGGUCACCAGGGCAACCGCUGGAGGGAAGGCCGCAUUCUCAUCCCGCACUCCAACAAACCCUACCAGGUGGUGAUUGAGGGGCUGGUGGAGAGGAAGAGCUGGGGAGACAUCGCUGUGGACGACAUAAAGAUUCUGGACGGCAUCAGCAUGGCCGAAUGCCACGAUCCGUUUGUGCCCACGGAGCCAAUGUUGCCGGAAGAUCGACUCAAUAAAAUCAUCGAGGAGACCACCGACUACCCGGACCUGGUGGUGAGCAACGAGAUCAGCGGGCCGGGCAACAUGCUGAAGACCCUGGACCCCAUCCUCAUCACCAUCAUCGCCAUGUCCGCCCUGGGCGUCUUCCUAGGCGCCAUCUGUGGCGUGGUGCUGUACUGCGCCUGCUCGCACGGCGCCAUGUCGGACCGCAACCUCUCGGCGCUGGAGAACUACAACUUUGAGCUGGUGGACGGCGUGAAGCUAAAGAAGGACAAGCUCAACGUACAGAACUCGUACUCGGAGGCGUGAGGAGGAGAUGGAGGAGGAGGAGGAGGAGGAGGAGGA